UUCGUUUUGUUGACGCUUCCACACGAACCCUCAGUUGCCGAACACAUGUGACGAUUCCUUUAAACGACAAUCGUUUCGACUAAGAGAGAGAAAGACGAAGUUCUAGUGAGAGAAACAACGAGAGAGACAGAGAGAGAAAGAGAGAUCUGAUCGGAACGCACAGGUAAACGAACAUCGAAACCCUACUGUUCCUUUCUCUCCUUGAUACGUUUUCUUUGCUCUGGUAGUUUCUUCCCUUGAUUUGGGGAAGGUUUCGAGUGAGCCCUAGGAAUUUCGGUUGUUGAUUUGGCUGUGGAAUGAAGCCCUAGGGAUUCUAGGUUUAGGUACCUAUUUCUGUUCUAUUUAUUUUUCCUUCUGCCGGGUUGUUAAUUUUUGGGUUUAAAACCCUAGGAUUUUGGGGAUUUUGGGGGCUGGUGUUCGAAUUAGGGUUUUGGAUGCAUGUAUGGCUUCGGGACCUAUAGAUGGAGUAGAUGAAGGAGCCAAAGAAAAGCAGAGAUUCUCGGAGAGGAAGGUGUAUACAAGAAGAGUCUUCAAAAGCACCAAGAAAGACCUCAACGCCCUGAACACCGCCACCGCCACCGCUAAAAACGACCAUACUUCUACUGCCAAAAAUGAGAACACCGCCACUUCCAAACACGACGAAACUGCUACUGCUACAAGUGCCACCGCCGAUGCUGCGGACACUACUGCAGCCACCACAGGCACUCCCAGCGCCAUCUCUCCCACUGCCACCGAUACUAACAAUAUACCUGACAGAAGCUAUGACCGUACUGUCAAGAAUAUUGACAGGGAUGGGCCAAUGGAUAAGAGCCAUGAUGUGGUAUUGGCCGAGUCACCUGCACCAGCAGCACAGCCAGUACAGCGGCUAACAGCUGUGCUGGGGGAUGUGGAUUUGGUGCAGCCUCAAGUGAAAUCAACGCUAGAGGAUGGGAGCUCUUCUCAGCAGCAAGAGAGUUCAAUAUUAGAGGAUAAGGAUUCAGCUCAGCCCCAAGAGAGUUCAAGGUUAGAAGAUGGGGAUUCUGCUCAGCCACAACCACAAGAGAGUUCAAGAUUGGAGGAUGGGGAUUCUGCUCGGCCAAAAGAGGGUUCAAGAUUGGAGGAUGGGGAUUCUGAUCGGCCAAAAGAGGGUUCAAGAUUGGAGGAUGGGAAUUCUGCUCGGCUGCAAGAGAGUUCAAGAGCGGAGGAGAGUUCAAGGUUGGAGGAUGGGGAUUCAGCCAUGCAGGAAGGGAAUUCUGUUCAGCCUCCCGUAGUACAACUUUCUAAUGACUCCUACAACCAUCCACAGGAAGAAGCUUCUGGCCCUGAUAUCCGACACCAUAAUGAUGGACCUCUGAGUGGCGGUGUAGCUCCUAGCACCCAGAACUUGCCUUCAGGCAGUGAGUCUCUGGCACCAGUGCUGCAGGACAGAAUUAAGAUCAAUUUGUCCUCAAGGUCGAAGCAGGAGAUGCGAGAGCUUCGAUGGAAGCUUGAAAAUGAGCUUGAUGUAGUAAGGAAUCUUGUUGAAAGGAUUGAACGGAAACAGGGGCAGGUUGAUGGGUAUGGUCAGUUGAGCGUUUUACCUAGUGAUGGGGUUGAUAAUGGAAGUGGAGCAAAGCGUUCUCUAUCAGAGGUGGUUUCUGCUGGUGUUCCACGAGAGUCUAUAAGGCCUUAUCAGCAUUUGUGUUUACCAGUGUUAGAGAAUAACCAAGGGGUUGGUGAAAACAUUGAAAAGGAGAAGAGAACGCCUAAAGCAAAUCAGUUUUAUCGUAAUUCAGAGUUCUUGCUUGCAAAAGAUAAAUUCCCACCUGCAGAGAGCAACAAGAAGUCAAAAUUGAAUUUGAAGAAACAUGGUGGGAGAGAAAUUGGACAUGGUCUUGGUAUGGGAUCCAAGUUUCUUAAGAGCUGUAGUUCAUUGCUUGGAAAAUUGAUGAAACACAAACACGGUUGGGUAUUUAAUUCUCCAGUCGAUGUUGAAGGACUUGGUUUGCAUGAUUAUUUUAGUAUUAUCACCCAUCCAAUGGACUUGGGUACUGUGAAGUCAAGGCUGAGCAAGAAUUGGUACAAAUCUCCAAAGGAGUUUGCAGAGGAUGUGAGACUCACUCUUCGGAAUGCUAUGACAUAUAAUCCAAAGGGACAAGAUGUUCAUGUAAUGGCAGAGCAGCUUUCAAAGAUAUUUGAGGAUCGAUGGGCUAUAAUAGAGUCGGAUUACAAUCGUGAGAUGAGAUAUGCCAUAGAUUAUGGGGCAGCUCCCAUUGCCCCAUCACCUCUCUCUAGAAAGGUUCCUACUUUUCCUCCUCCUCCUCUUGAUAUGAGAAGGAUUUUGGAUAGGUCAGAAUCAAUGGCACACACUCCGAGACUCAUGAACAUUACCCCAUCAAGUAGAACACCAGCUCCAAAAAAGCCAAAGGCAAAAGAUCCUAAUAAAAGAGACAUGACAUUUGAGGAAAAGCAAAAGCUAAGCACAAACCUUCAAAGUUUACCUUCAGAGAAGCUUGAUGCUAUUGUACAGAUCAUUAAGAAGAGAAAUUCUGCACUUCAUCAACAUGAUGAUGAGAUUGAAGUUGAUAUUGAUAGUGUGGAUGCUGAGACACUCUGGGAGCUUGAUAGAUUUGUGACAAACUAUAAGAAAAGUUUAAGUAAAAACAAGAGGAAGGCGGAGCUUGCACAAGCUAGAGCAGAAGCUCAGCGGAAUGCCCUGCAGAAGAGCCAGGUACCAGUUAUGUUGGACGUCCCUAGAGCAACACAAGCAGAAGAACGAAAUGUUCAUCCAUCCUUGCCUGUGCAAGGGGGAAAUCAAGCUGAUAAUGCAAGUAGGUCAAGUAGUUCAAGCAGCUCAAGCAGUGAUUCUGGAUCUUCUUCAAGUGAUUCAGAUAGUGACAGUUCCUCAGCAUCUGGAUCUGAUGCAGGGUCACAAGGAACCUGAGUUAUGUCAGAUGUCACACAUGUAGAGUAAAUAGGUAUUCGGUGCUUGGCUAGUUGGUUUUUUGAAGACCUUACAGAUUAUGGAUCUGUUGGAUUAUUGAGGGAGCAUUCUGAUGUCCACCAUCCUCAUCCUACUGAUGCAGUAUAGGAUUUUUGCUUCCAAUUUGUUCCAGCUGUGUCUCCAUCUUUAGUUGUGACUUCGUUGGAAUUCUUGACACGAUUUCUUGUAUCAUAAUUAGGUAGUUAUUAGUUAGGGUUCCGUAGCAUUUGUACAUUGCUAACUACUGCUGCGUGUCGAGUUCCAUUGAUGACUUGCCUUUUGAUUUUUUUGCUAGCAGAUUCAGGAUUCAUGGUGUUAUACAAUGGUAAUCUGUAAUUCCAAGUUCUUUUAAGUAAUUAUUUGUUUCCCAUGAAAAAGCCUAAACCCCAAUUAACAAGGCAUUGUGUUCCCGCAAAUAUAAGUGGUUCAACCCUCCUCGUAAAAAACAAUUUUAAUUAUUGGGACUAUACUAAAUUAAUUU